GGAAUGGGCGGGUAUGAUGGCCGUACAGGGACCGCGUUGGUGCGUGAGGAGCGAGCGGCGUGUUUCCGGUUAGAACAGGCUAGGAAACACCAGUAAAGAUCAUAUUAAACCUUAAUGCCGAUAAAAACCCUUCGAAUUAAAGCAAAGCAGCGAAAUACAAUCCGAUUGAUUGUGUACAAUUGAACGGGAGGCAGUCGGGAGCGAGGCAGCAGCGAGCAUGGCGAUGGAGACCGAGUUUCGGGAGAUCGAUGAGUCCGGGAAUUGGAGCGCCAUUUACCAGGAGAUCCGCCAGCAGUCCAGCGAGCUGCCCUGUAAAAUCUCCAAACUCCCAGAGAACAAAGCCAGAAACCGUUACAGAGACGUCAGCCCCUUCGACCACAGUCGAAUCCACCUGCAACUGGGAACCAAUGACUAUAUCAACGCCAGCCUGAUUUCCAUGGAGGAGGCCAAGCGCAGCUACAUUCUCACACAGGGCCCUCUGCCCAACACCUGCGGUCACUUCUGGGAGAUGGUGUGGGAGCAGAAGACCCAUGGAGUGGUCAUGCUGAACCGAGUCAUCGAGAAGGGCUCUGUGAAGUGUGCCCAGUACUGGCCGCAGCGAGAGGAGAGAGAGAUGGAGUUUGCAGACACACACUUCAAGCUAACUCUGAUCUCAGAGGAUGUCAAGUCGUAUUACACUGUGAGACAGCUGGAGCUGGAGAACCUGCAGACCCAGGAGACUCGCGAGAUCCUGCAUUUCCAUUACACCACCUGGCCUGAUUUCGGGGUCCCUGAAUCCCCCGCCUCCUUCCUCAACUUCCUGUUCAAGGUGCGGGAGUCCGGCUGCCUCGGCUCGGAGCAGGGCCCUGCGGUGGUGCACUGCAGCGCAGGGAUCGGCCGCUCCGGGACCUUCUGCCUGGUCGACACCUGCCUCCUACUGAUGUCCCUUCGUAAGGACCCCUCCUCUGUCAGUGUGCGGGACGUCCUACUGGAGAUGCGUCGAUUCCGGAUGGGACUGAUCCAAACUGCAGACCAGCUGAGAUUCUCCUACCUGGCUGUGAUCGAGGGGGCCAAGAGCAUCAUGGGAGACCCGUCAGUGCAGGAAUCUUGGAAAGAGCUGUCAAACGAGGAGGACACUCCCCCUGAGUUCACUCCUCCCCCCCCACGCCCUCCCAAGCGCAUUGGUGUGGACGCACCCAAUGGCAAGACUUCUGAACCAAUCAUCUUCUUCCCCCCUGCAUCGAGGGUGGAGUUUUCAGAGGAGGAGGAGCCGCCAAAGAAGAGACUGGGUUCUGAGCCUCUCGUUGCUAGCCACAAUGAGGAGCCCGUGGUGAGGAGGAGAGCUGUGGGAGAGACCGCCACCCAGCUGGACGAACGGGCCAAUCGAGGGCAGGGGAAGAAGGAGGAGGAGGAGGACGACAGCCCGCUGGGUGCUUGGAAGCCCCUGCUGGCCAACAUGUGCGUGUGCAGCGCUCUGGCCCUGGGUGUAUACGUCUGUUACCGGUCCUGUUUCCACUGACCUCAUAAAGCAAGGGCUGAAGAGCCAGCAAGCCGAUUUGGAUCCUCUCACCAGCUCAGGAGGUGGGACUUGAACCUGGAGCACCAAUCACAGAGCUCCGCGUUCUCAUUUUUGUCCGAAUGCAAAAGGAAGGGCUUUGUCCCCGAUCAGUCCCGGGAGCUAUCCGUUCUUAAACCUCAGGGCAUCAGCUAUAGGACACACGCAGUUAAAUUAAAAAAACAAACAAUAAAAAAAUACAAGCAGAUUAUUUUACUUUCUUUCCAUCGCUUUGUAUAAGGGAGCAUAUAUGUGUGUGUGUGUGUGUGUGUAUAUGUGUGUGAUUAUUUUUAUAUAUAUAUAUCAUAUAAAAUGACAUAUAUAUAUGUGAUGUCAUUUUAUAAUUGAGAUUUGAGACCAUACCGCUUCAUUCUGUACUGAAAUUUCAUUUAGCUGCAAAUUUCACUCAUCGAAUUAAACUUUUUAUUUUUACAAGAUUAUGAAAUUACUUUUAAUCUUUUGCUUUUUUAUUAUAAAAUAUUGGGUUCCAGAUUUUGGUGCCUGUUAGAAGGCACGGGGCACUGGAGACGAGAACUUUUCCUGCUUUGGAAACCCUGCACUUGAUGGAGAGGUGACAACAUACUUUUCUUUAUUCGUAGCAGUGGCUUCCUCCUGUGUUAUUAAGUUGGCAAGCCGACAAACUCCUUUCUGUUUGUGACCUAAGGUGGAUUUUUGUGUGUUUUGCCCUGUUAAGAUACUAAGCUGUGUCGUCUGUCUCAGACUGAACUAAUUGCUUACCUUCAGCCUGAGGAGAAUUCACUUUACUGCAGACAGAUUGGUAACAAAGUGUGAAACUUUUAGCAUACCAUCAUCCUCCGGCAACAGGAAUAUAGCGCCACUUCAUUGCUUAUUUGAUGUGAUCACUGUGUGGAUGUGUUGGGGUCAGUCUGAGUGUGUAUCUGCUUAUUCGAUGUGAUCACUGUGUGGAUGUGUUGGGGUCAGUCUCAGUGUGUAUCUGCUUAUUCGAUGUGAUCACUGUGUGGAUGUGUUGGGGUCAGUCUGAGUGUGUAUCUGCUUAUUCGAUGUGAUCACUGUGUGGAUGUGUUGGGGUCAGUCUGAGUGUGUAUCUGCUUAUUCGAUGUGAUCACUGUGUGGAUGUGUUGGGGUCAGUCUGAGUGUGUAUCUGCUUAUUCGAUGUGAUCACUGUGUGGAUGUGUUGCGGUCAGUCUGAGUGUAUCUGCUUACUCGAUGUGAUCACUGUGUGGAUGUAUUGCGGUCAGUCUCAGUGUGUAUCUGCUUAUUCGAUGUGAUCACUGUGUGGAUGUGUUGCGGUCAGUCUCAGUGUAUCAGGGGAAUGUCCUCCCCUGCCUGUGUUAAUGAGCGUGGCUGUAGGACAUGGAUCUCAUUUUUCACGCUGCUGGUUUUUCUAGUUGUGGAUUUCCAGCGGCGGGGUUGACGUGCGGUUCUGUGUGUUUUCAGCUUUGACUCUGUGUUCCAGUUCACUCUCCUACUGGCAUACCCACUGGACCUGCCUUUUUAUUAUUGACAUGUCAAAGCAGUGAUAAAAUGGGACAAGACCAGAAAGAGGCAUUUGUAGCUUACAGACAGUUAGGAUCAUUGUCUUAAAAGGAAUGAGCUUCCAAUGUAAUUUUAUUGACUUGCCUUUGUGAUGUUUGCAAUCGCUGAGCAUGGUUCUAGAUUCUGUAGAUCCAGUUACCGAUGGUUCUAGAUUCUGUCGAUUCAGUUACCGAUGGUUCUAGAUUCUGUCGAUUCAGUUACUGGUGGUUCUAGAUUCUGUAGAUUCAGUUACCAUCUUCUCUGCCGUUACCUGACUUGGAGCGUGUUGGAGAAUUCCAACUGCCUAACACUGACUGCCUUAUUCCAUUCAAACCAUUUGACCUUUUAACUCUGUUGGCCCAAACCUACUAUAUAGAGGGAGUAGGUGGGACCAACGAAGGCCACAUUGUCCCAUGAUUUGAGCAGAAUGAGGAAGUCUGCUCGGUUCAAGUCCUCAGUUAGGAUUCUCCAGACAAGCUCACAGACUGGUAAAGACAGAUACAGAUUUAGAUAAAACUCAAUAUGGAGCAACAGAAGCACUCAGAAUGAUUGCAAGCAUCACAACAAGGCAAGGGAAAGGUGAAACAAGUACAGUGACAUGGCAUUGAUGUAAUAAAUAUAUUGUUAACAGCACUGCUUGUGCCCUUCUCCCUCGGUGGUAGUUCUCUCAAACACCUUUUCUGUCUACGUUCGUCGGCUUCUUAAAAUGGAGCCAUGUCACUUUCCCACAACACGGGCUGAAUCAAGGCAAUGUUCUGAUGCCAAGUUUACAAGUGUUACGUGGCACAGAACCCUUAACAGCAUCUCUUUCUGGACAAAUCGAUUGUCUCCAGGAAGAGAGAGGAACAUCUUCUCCAUAGCAGUGCACUGAUCCUUCUCAGCUUCACAUGACCGUUACAACGGGCUUAAAAAAGGAAGCCAAAAGAAUAAAAACAAGUUACUUGGGAACAACUUGCUUACCUUUAAAACCUCGACACUUUAGCAGAGAACACAAGCUUUUUUGCAUGAUUGCAUAUUUGCAAGUGAUUUGUGCUCAAGCAAUGAAAUGUUUCUGCUGAUAGCAGGUAGAACAAUGGAAAACCCAGUGCAACCAUCAUUCCAGCUUCUACUGCUGCCAGUGUGCUUGGACCAGACCGCCCCUUCGGGUUCAUUCCAGACAGCAUGGACAUCACAAGAGUGUUUCAGAAAGGUAUGCUGUGAUGGACAAGAAGUAUUGAAAGCACAAGGGUCUGUAUGAUGGGAACAAUUUUGCUUACAAUUUUGACAGCCAGAAAUGAAAUAUUUAUAUGGAGGUUGUUUCGUCUUUAACAGAACUACCAUAGAGGAUAUUUUCAGUGAAGUCUAUUGUCACAUUCUUAUUUUCAAUGUAUUGAAUCCAGGCCUACUUGUGGAAUUUACUCAUUUUAAGGUAAUGUUUCCUACAUCAGUGGCAUCUUUAACCAACUUCAGGCUUGGGUAUGUUGUUUGGCUUGUGAAAUGUGAUGAAUAUUAAACAUGGAUGCACAGAAAUGAAAUCUUCCUUAUGAGCGCUCCAUUAACCCUUUGUGGUCCAUUUAUUAAUCGCGCGUCAGGCACGCCAGGUCUAAUUAAUUUUCACACGCGCAGUUAAUUUUAUACGCGCUGUUUAAAAGUGUUUUUUUUCACAGUCAAACGGGUUUAAAUGGCCCUGCAUAUCAACAAAGCACACACUAGGCAUCUCCAGCCCCUCCCCAGCCUUUUGUUUGCUAUAGCGUUCAGCUGUGUAAGAAAUAAAUAAUAAUAAUAAUAAUAGUCGUACAUACCGAUCGAUCAUCUCCAGAUCACUCGUUUUAUCACCAAACUCCUCAAUAAUGCGAUCCAAGUCAUUAUUUUAUUACUAUAACAUCUGAAAAAAGCUCUGCAAAUGUCCAUGAUAGUCUCAGUGCGCUGACGCACUUAGCCAGCUUGUUUAUUAUGGACGCCCAUUAUCUGAUACCUGAUACCAUGUAUGACUAUUCAUGAAAUACCCCCUUUUUUUUUUUUUUUUUUUUUUUCCGGACUUGUCUCGGCUCCUGUCGCUACCACUCGGCAAUUGAAUGGUUUUCUCGGCUUUUUCCGGAGAAAAAACGACUAAACACCCGUUUAUUGCGUUGCUAUAAUGAUGUCGGACCCAGUCCGACAAAGGACCUGUGAGGAAUAAUUGCAAUGUCGGACCCAGUCCGACAAUGGACCGCAAAGGGUUAAAGGGGAAAUGAGUUCCCUAGUAAAUAUGUCAUUCUAGAGCAGGGGUGUCAAACUCCAGCCCUCAAGGGCCGCAGGGUCUUCUGGUUUUCAUUCCCACUUGAGCUCAUAAUUGACCUAAUUGUUUGGUCAAUUUGACUUCCUUAAUAUUUUUCAAGGUCUCUUCAGUUUUAAAAAUGCACUUGAUUCAGAGGCCUGAAGAGAAGUGUUAAAUGUGUCCAGUUAAUCAAAUAAUUAGACCAAUUAAGUAACUGAGAGCUCGGGUGGAAGGAAAGCCAGAAGACACUGCGGCCCUCCAGGAGCUGAAUUUGACAGCCCUGUUUUAGGCCAUCUCUUUUAGGAAUACUUGCCAUCUUGCAUACCCUUGUCCCUGGAUGAUUUCCACUGCAGCUAUAGAGGGUGCUGUUUCCUAAUAUUCAAGAAGUGUCAACCCACGUGCUAUUAGUGGGGUUUCUAUUGGCUUCAAUUACCCUUUCCUGGCAGGAUGCUGUAAACAGCUGUUUGGAGCAUCAUCACUGCAAGGGCUGCUGGAGUUCUUGAUCCCUGUGAAGCUCUUCAAGCUGCAGCAGCAGCAGCAUUGCUCUUGUGGGGAUAUAAAGAGUACAAGGCUCAGUCCCUGUUCCAAGGUCUGCAUGUUGUUUGUGCUGGACACGGCUAACCUGUUCAUGUAGAAAGGUCUGGCUUUUAUUCAACUUUGACAGGGCAGAGGCAAUGCAAUGUUAUAGAAAUGAAGAUGGUAUAGUAUAGACUGCGCCCCUCUGGGCCACACGUUGUACUGGUAAAGUGUUUCUGCUGCAGGAAUGAAGAAUGAAGGCACCUGUGUGUGAUUGAAGCAAAUGGAAACCACACUGAACAGCCUGUGGACAAAACCAAAGAAUGAUGGCAGAUUGGGUCACCUCCUGGUCCACACAUUUCAGUGUUACCAAUAGCUUUUGUUCAAUGUUCUGUUUUGUGACUUUGUAAAUAACACAGUAUUAACAUGAGAUGCAACCCUACUAAUGCCCAUCUUUGCUGCUUUCAUACUUUGAACAAAGUGACUGAGAAUCUGCUUUUGAUUUCCUGCAGGUGUCAGGGUUUCAAAUACUGGAAACCAGUUUGUACCAUAUUAGUAUUGUUAUCCACCCUUUUAAGUGGAGGUAAAAGUUAAGUAAACAAAUGUUUUGGCUAAAGCCUUGGUCAGUGUUGAGCCCUUUUGCAGAAUGUUUCAAUGCCUUUGACUGAGCCAGUGCCUCUGCACCCCCUUGUCGUAUAUAACCCCCCCCCCCCCCCCCUUCUGUAGCUCCAUUCACAGCCCUCUCCCUGUUCUACAAUCCAAUACAGAACCAUUAUAACCCCUCCUUCUGUAGCUCCAUUCACAGCCCUCUCCCUGUUCUACAAAUCCAAUACAGAACCAUUAUAACCCCUCCUUCUGUAGCUCUGAUAGCCGUGUGGGUCUGUGCGUUCGCUGCUGAGUGGCAGACAGGAGAUCGAGAUGGAGGGUGAAGUUGAUACGCACCCCCCGUCCCAAGGCGAACAGGAUUUAUUUACAUAUCAACACACUGAAUAGCUCACGUGACACUACCAUCAAUGGCAGCGCACGGAGCACAUACAACACAGUGUACAAAAACUUUGGUAGGAUCUACAAUAUCUGAACUCAUCUUCUGUUCAAUAAUAAAGUAACGUUGCUGAAGAGAUUGACGUGGUGGAUAAACGCUUAGAGCGGAUACGCAGGGUUACUGUAUAUUCAGACAGAGAGAAGGUGGGGCUGGCAGAGGUGAAAUGUCACAGUGUUGUUCGGUGCCUGGGUAGUUAGAUUUCUGCAGGCAAGCUCAAAGGCAGGUUUAGAGAAAAAAAUCAAUACUGGACAAAAAGAACCCAGAGCAAAGGAAAUGUAAAAUCCAACUCAAAUUACAUUGAAAACUACAAAACCUGAAUGGCUGGCUUGAGAGAGAAGGUAGUCAAGAGUGUGAACCAAGCACUGCUAAUCUCCAGAGGAUUUGGGCACUUCACUACAAUGUGAUGAAUUCAUAUCCGCUAGUCAGCAGCACAGCACAGGCAAUCCUAUUCACUGUCUGAAUCCCUUUAUUAAGUGAAGUUUAUGCUUUUCAUUAAGACUCAAAAGUGAUUCCUUACACUUUGUCACUGAGAAUCUGAACAGAAAUUCAAUGAAAUUCAGCCUCUUAUGCUCCGCGGCUGUGAAUGCAUCUUCUUUUUCUUGUGCUCUGCGACUGUGUGAAUGCAUCCUCUUUCUCUUGUGCGCCACAGCUGUGUGAAUGCAUCCUCUUGUGCUCUGCUGCUGUGUGAAUGCAUCCUCUUUCUCUUGUGCUGCGCGGCUGUGUGAAUGCAUCCUCUUUCUCUUGUGCUCUGCUGCUGUGUGAAUGCAUCCUCUUUCUCUUGUGCUGCACGGCUGUGUGAAUGCAUCCUCUUUCUCUUGUGCUGCGUGGCUGUGUGAAUGCAUCCUCCUCUUGUGCUGCACGGCUGUGUGAAUGCAUCUUCUUUCUCUUGUGCUCCGGGGCUGUGUGAAUGCAUCCUCCUCUUGUGGUGUGUGGAAGUGUGAAUGCAUCCUCUUCUUGUGCUCCGCGGCUGUGUGAAUGCAUCCUCUUUCUCUUGUGCUGCGUGGCUAUGUGAAUGCAUCCGCUUUCUCUUAUGCUCUGCGGCUGUGUGAAUUCUCCUUAGGCUACCCUUUGGGUUUGCGAUUGCUGGGCAGUCACGGACCACAAGUUUGUCUGGAGUUUCCCCAUUCUGUAUAUGUAAACAACCUCCUUUUGUUAUUAUUAUUUUUAUUAUUGUUGUUUUUGUUGUUUGUUUAUUAUUAUUGUUAUUAUUAUUAUUGCUACUUUGUCCUUUUUUCCGAUUUCAUACAGGUCUUCAUUCAGACUGAAUUCUGAAGUAAGGCUGUCUGUGGUAAUAAAAUAAUUCAGCAAAGUAA